CGCGGGAGCCGGAGGGGGCCGUUGAGCGCCAGGUUUCUGGCCCGGUGGGGGCCGGGCCGCGGCGGCCGCUCGAUGUUUCGGCGCUCGGCAGGAGGCCGCGGAGCGAGGGGCGGCCAUGGCCCUGCGCGGGGUGCGGGUGCUGGAGCUGGCGGGCCUGGCGCCCUCCCCGCUCUGCGGCAUGAUCCUGGCCGACUUCGGGGCGCAGGUGGUGCGGGUGGAUCGCUCCCCCCGCUCGGCCAUGAACGCCGACGUGCAGGGCCGGGGCAAGCGCUCCCUGGCGCUCGACCUGAAGCAGGGCCCCGGCGCGGCGGCGCUGAGGAGGCUCUGCCUGCGGGCGGACGUGCUCGUGGAGCCCUUCCGCCACGGUGUCAUGGAAAAACUUGGUCUUGGUCCAAAGAUCCUUCUACAGGAAAAUCCAAAACUUAUCUAUGCUAGGCUUACUGGAUUUGGCCAGUCAGGAAAAUAUGCCAAGUCUGCAGGUCAUGACAUCAAUUAUUUGGCUUUGUCAGGUGUGCUGUCGAAACUUGGUAGAAAAGAUGAAAAUCCUUAUGCACCAGUAAAUCUUCUGGCUGAUUUUGCUGGUGGAGGUGUCAUGUGUGCAAUGGGUAUAAUUAUGGCCCUCUAUGAACGUACAAAAUCUGGCAAAGGGCAAGUCAUUGAUGCAAGUAUGGUAGAAGGAGCAGCAUAUCUAAGUUCUUUCCUGUGGAAAUCACAAAAUUUAGGCCUUUGGAAUAGACUUCGGGGGGAGAACUUGCUGGACAGCGGAGCCCCUUUUUAUGAGACCUACAAGACCCUAGAUGGGAAAUUCAUGGCAGUUGGUGCCAUUGAGCCCCAAUUCUAUGAGCAGCUAGUAAAGGGACUGGGGCUAGAUUCAGAUAAGCUUCCCAGUCAGUUGAGUUUCUCUGACUGGCCUGAAAUGAAGAAAAUGUUUGCAGCUAUAUUUUCCAAGAAGACACAGGCAGAAUGGUGCAGGAUCUUUGAUGGCAUAGAUGCCUGUGUGACGCCUGUUUUAUCCUUGGAUGAAGUUGCCUUACACGAGCAUAACAAAGAGCGCAGUUCUUUUAUCAAGAAUGAUCAGGAAGAGAUAAGUCCUAGACCAUCUCCUCUUCUUUCAAGGACUCCAGCUACUCCAUCUCCCAAAAGGGAUCCUUUUAUAGGAGAACACACGGAAGAGAUACUUCUAGAAUUUGGCUUUACCAAGGAAGAGAUUGCUAAACUUCACUCUGAAAAAGUAAUUGAAUUCAAUAAGCCAAAAGCAAAUUUAUAAUAUCUAGCCAUGCAAAUCAGAAAAGUUUCAAACUGUCACAAUAAGAUUUUAUGCAUUAAAGUUGGAAUUACAUGAGGAAAUGUUAAUGUAGCAUCACUUUUUCAGGGCCGGGGUGUGUGUGUCACUGUUAAAUUAAUGCAUUAAUUGAGGACUAAAUAUACAAACUGUAUUCCUAAUUGGAUGAGAGUGCCUAUAGUUACCACUGAAAUUUUGUCCUGGGGGUGUUUGUUUUGAAAAGAUGUGCAGUAUUUGCUUGUUAUAAUGGUUUAUGUCAUUUUUAAUGUUUCCUUCAAUAAGUGUAUUACAGGAAAUGUGUGGUUGUUUUAAUCCUUGUGUUUUUAAUAUAUGUUAUAAUUAGCUGAAGGCAAUGAUUUUUAUAAAAUAUUGUUAUACUUCAUAAAUAGGUUGCUGUGGUGUUCAUUUAUAAAUUUGAGAGAGAGUUCUUUUGCCUGUAUUUUCACAGUAUUGUUAUAAAAUUCAUUUGCAUUAUUCUCCCAGAAUAUUCAUUAAAAUACAAUGGCAGAGCAACUAUA